GCUGAAACCUGUGGCUCUUAACGUGCAAUUAACGGCUGCUUCAGGCUCAGUCAUCUGGGAGAGACGGAGAGAGGAAGGAGCUGCGGGCGAAGAGCGGCCAGGCCACGAAUCCCCCAGGCUGAGCUGCCGCCCGGCAAAACAGGCGAGGCAGCCGUGCACCUUGCAGUCCAGGAGUCUCAGGGUGCCACGCGUCCGGAGCUGUGUGCGAGCCUCCCUCGGCGAGCGCCAUGGCCACAGUCCAAAGAGAACAGGAGCUGAGAAUCCUGCUCAUUGGCAAAACGGGGACGGGCAAGAGCUCGACGGGGAACACCAUCCUGGGAGGCAAGGAGUUCGACAGCGCCGCCGCCGCCGGCUCCGUGACCAAGCACUGCGAGCGGAAGGAGGCCAUCUUCGAGGGCAGGAAGGUGAUCGUGGUCGACACCCCGGGGUUCUUCGACACCAAGCGGAAGCAGGUGUACACCUGGAAGGAUCUCGAGAAGUGCAUCGACCUGCUCCACCCCGGGCCCCACGCCAUCCUGGUGGUCAUCAAGAUAGGCAAGAUGACGGCCGAGGAGCAGAACGCCAUCCGGCAGGUGAAGAAGCUGUUCAGCAUCGAGGGGAGGCGCUUCCUCAUCCUCCUCUUCACCCACCGGGACCACCUGGACCACGAGGGCUCCACCCUGAGGGCCUUCCUGGCCGGCGCGGAGGGGGAGCUGCGGGAGAUGAUGGAUCUGUCCGCGAAUCGGUUCAUCACCUUCAACAACAACGCGGAGGACGAGGAAGAAAGGAAACACCAGGUCAGGGACCUGCUCAAGGAGAUCGACGACAUGGUGACGCUGAACGGCACAAAGCCAUGCUACAGCAAGGAACUGCUCAAGAAGGACCGCUGCGGCUGCUCCGUCAUGUGAGGGGGGCAGCCGGCGCUCCGGAAGGCGGGACGGAGGCCCGUUAGCCGAGGAGCCCGGAUCCAUCCUCCUGUGGGACAAGAUGCGGCCUCCUCAAGACAUGGAAUCCUGCAGGGCCCCCUUCCUCUUUCCUCCUCCUCCUCCCCCCCCCCCCCUGUUUCACUCCUCACCGCUCCCACUCUGCCAGGGCCGGCUUUCCCGCUCUUUGGUCCCUCGCCACCUGCCCUCCCUCCGCUUGGGGUCACGCGCUGCCCAGCCGCUCCUGCCCGACCGAAAGCUGCCCAGCGGAGCCUCCACUGGAAGAACCCCGGAAGGGCCGUGCUGGACUGGUCCACAGUCCGCGUGCUGCUCGGGCCGGGGCGAAACAGCUGCCGGGACGCAGGGUGGGGGUGUGACAGCCCCUUCC